AUGGCGCCGAGAGUGACCGCGACGUGCUUCCAAGAGGCGGAGGCGGCUCCGCUGCGCGUGCUGGUGCUGCCCCACGCGGGCAGCGCCUCGCGCACGCUGGCGCUCGAGUGGGGCAAGAGCUUCCGCGCGGCGGGGCUGAACGUCGAGCUGUGGGGCGUCGACUGGGCGCCCGAGGGAGAAGCAGCGUCCACGCGCGCGGAGCUCGUGGCCGCCAUCUGCGCGCAGCUGAGCAGCGGCUUCUUCGGCAAGCCCUUCGUGCUGGCAGGCCACAGUCUGGGCGCGCUGGUGGCGCUCGCGCUCGCGCACUACCUGGAGCAGCGGCAGUUCUCGACGCCCCGCCACGUUUUCCUCUCGGGGGCGGCGGGGCCUGGCAGCUGGACGCUGUAUGACGACGUGGGGGUGCUGCAGCACGAUGGUGAGCUGCUCAAGCUGCUGCAGCAGUGGGGAGGCACCGACCAGGAGGUGCUGGCCAUCCCCGAGCAGAAGCAGAAGCUACUCACAGCUCUGCGUGCGGAUCUGAAGCUGCACAACAGCGUCGUGCACUGGUUCAAGCAGCAAACGGAGGUGAAGAUCCGCUCUGACGUGACGGUGUUCGGGGGCUCCGAGGAUCCUGCGGCGCCGAAGGAUUCUUUGACGCAGUGGAAGGACGUGUGUGGGGAAGGCAGCGAGUUCGACGUCAAGCUUUUCCCGGGCGGACACUUCUAUUUGACGAGCGCGGAGAGCCAGGAGGCGUUCGCCAGGUCCUUCAUCGCCAAGCUGGAGGCUGUGAGUGCCAUUGUCGUGAUGGAGUCGCGCACACUCAUUGAUGGGCUGAACUCCAAGAUGGGGCCGUAUCCGUCCGAGAAGUGCUUGCACGACAUGUUCGCAGAUGCUGCGAAGCGCACGCCUGAUGCGGUCGCGGUCUACUACGAGGACAAGACGCUGACCUUCCGUGAAGUGGACGAGCAGAGUGAAAAGCUCGCUGACUACUUGUUCCAAGCUGGAGUGCGUCCUGGCUGCAUCUCGGGAAUCUUCAUGGAGCAUUGCAUCGAGUUUGUGAUCGCGUACAUCGCAGCGCUGAAAGCUGGAGGUGCCUACAUGCCGCUGGAGAUCGUGUAUCCUCCGGAUCUCCUCGAGCGCGUCAUGGAAGAGUCCAAGCCGGUCAUUGUACUGACCAAAAAGAAGUUCCGCAACCGUUUGCCGGGGUGGCAGCAGGCACUUGAACUGGACGACGGCUGGCUUGAGUCUCUCGCUCGCCAAAACAUCCCGUCGAUGCCAUUGGAUCGCACGCGGACGCACCCGGAUGAUCUAGCCUAUGUCGUCAUGUCUUCGGGAACCACUGGAGUACCGAAGGGCAUUUGCUGCCCUCAUCGCGGCGCCGUUCACUCCUACGACUGGCGUCUGACUCAUUGCCCCUAUAAGGAAGACGAUCGAGUUGCCUGUCACGUCUUCUUCGUGUGGGAGCUCCUGCGUCCGAUGCUUGGAAACCGUCCUCUAUACGUCAUCCCUGACAACACCAUCUACGACCCCAUCAAGCUGGUCGACUACCUCCACACGCACAGUAUUACGCGCAUCCUAUUCACACCGUCGCUCCUGCAGUUGAUUCUUGACACCUGCUCAAAGGAGGUAUUGCUGCAGAAGCUGUCAAAGUUGCGCUUGGUGUGGCUCUGCGGUGAAGUGGUGACGCUGGAGCUGCGCGAUCGUUUUGUUCGUCUCUUCCCGAAGUGCGAGCUGCAGAACCUCUACAGCGUCUCUGAGUGUCAUGACGUGAGCGCGGUGGACCUAGCUGCGAUGAGCGACUUCGACAAUUCGCUGUCUACGAAGUAUGCCUCCUGUGGUGAAGUUAUGCCCAACGUGAAGGCGUACGUGCUCGACGACGACUUCAAGCCUGUGUCCGUGGGAGUGCCAGGAGAGCUGUAUAUCGGUGGACCCUGUUUGGCUAUCGGGUACCUCAACCGCCCGGAGCAAACGGCUCAACGCUUCCUCAAACACGUCGUGCCCGGAGAGACUGUGUACAGGACCGGUGAUCGUGCUCGCUUCUUGCCGAAUGGCCACCUGGAGCUGAUCGGACGUUGCGACUUCAUGGUGAAGAUUCGAGGAUACAGCGUGGUGCUUGGCGCUGUCGAGUCAGCCUUGGCGCAACAUCCUCUGGUAUCUACGUCUGUGGUGCUCACGGAAGGUGACGAGGGCGAAGACAAGCGCUUAGUCGCGUAUAUCGUGCCAGAGGACUGGGAGAAGGUGCCGAGCGCCUCGAAUCUUCGUGAGUUCCUGAAGGAAAAGCUCCCGCACUAUGCGAUCCCGUCUGUGUUCGUGCAGCUCGAUGCGCUUCCAAUCAACAGUGCAAGUGGCAAGUUGGACCGUAAGAAGAUGCCGUCGAUUGAGCAGGCCAAGAAGCUACGCAACGAAUCCAUUGAUCUAUCGGUGGACCCGAAGAAUCUACCCCAGACAGAGACGGAGAAGAAGCUUGCGUCCAUUUGGUCGGACCUCCUUCGUCUCGAAAACGACAGCGUGCUGCACCGCGAGGCCAGCUUCUUCGACGUUGGAGGUCACAGCUUACUCUCCACCCGACUGGUUUCAAGCAUCCGUGAUACAUUCGGGGUUCAGUUGACGCUGGCGGACAUUCUCUCUUCACCGGAGUUGUGUGCCAUCGCGUCGCGAAUCGAUCAGUCGUUGAGCGAAACGAGUGAGACCAGCGCUGCCCCUGUGAAGGCAGAGAAGAAGGUGGUUCUACCGUUGGAAGCUGUGCUCGAUGCGUCGAUCUACCCGGCCCCGACGCGUAAGGCUGGCUACAGUCGCUACCGUGUGGAAAUGGUGAGUCUUCCUCCGCGGAACAUUUUUUUGACGGGAGCGACUGGAUUCCUCGGUGUUCACCUGCUGCACGCCCUGCUCAAGUACUCAACAAGCGUCGUGUUCUGCUUGGUUCGAGCGGCCGACGAAGAUGCGGCGAUGGAGCGCAUCAAGGCAGCGCUCAAGGAUUUCUCCCUGCUUGACGAAGCGCAGAAGUUCCACUUGGAGGACCGCGUGGUGCCUGUCCCGGGCAACCUCGCGCAGCCGUUGCUUGGUCUGGAUGCGGACAACUUCAAGGUGCUGGCGACUGAGAUCGACGCGAUCUUGCACAACGGUGCAGACGUCAACCUGGUGAAGCCCUACUCGGCUCUCAAGAGCGUGAACGUGCUGGGCACGCAGGAGGUGCUGCGUCUCGCCGUGACCAACGGACUGUCCAAGACCCGCGUGAAGCCCGUGCACUACAUCUCGACCAACGGUGUGUUCCCGUCCACGCUAGCGGCGCCCAAGUUCUUGGAGACUGCGGACCUGAGUGAGCUCUCGGACCAGCUUGAGAAUGGCUACGCGCAGAGCAAGUGGGUGGCCGAGCAGAUGUGUCACGAGGCGGCGCAGCGCGGCCUGCCGGUGUCGAUCCUGCGGCCGGGCAACAUGGCUCCGUCCUCUCUCACGGGCCAGUGGAACGCCAGCGACUUCAUCUACCUCCUGCUCAAGGGCUGCGCAAGUCUCGGGGCUGUGCCCGCUCGCUCCGACUGGUUCUUCGACAUGACCCCCGUGGACUACGCCGCGCGUGCCAUCGUGCACUUCGCGGCGCUGCGUCCGGUGGAGGCGCUGGGCCAAACGCUGCACAUCCAGAACCCGGCGCUGCCCGUCAAGAGCGACGCGUUCUUCCAGUUCUUCACUGCAGCACUGAGCAGCAAGGCGCAGUCGCAGUCGCUGGCCGCAGCCGAGUACGCGGACUGGAAGCGCAGCCUACAGCAAUUGGCGGCCAAGGACGACGCCCCGCUGGAGCUGCAGAAAUUGGCCGCCGGGAUUGACUCCUUUGAAGUCUACUUCCAGAGCGACAAGGUCUUCGACUCCGCGCUCUCGGCCGAGCUGCUGCGCACCGCCGGCAUCCCCUGUCCGACGAUCGACCAGGCACUUCUCGCCACGUACACAGCCGAAUGGUGA